AUGGAAGUGCGAUGGUUGAAUUCAGUAAAAAAAAGUUGCAUCAGUGAUAAUGUGUGUUAUAUGAGUAAUAUAGCUGAAUCGAAGACAGCCUGCAAAAGUGUUAAAGAUGUUAAAAUCGAUGUAUUUUGCUUAUGGGAAGAAGAGGGAAGUGAAAUUCAUGGAGAACGUGAAGCAUUUCCAAGGAGUGUCAGCUAUAUCGGUUUUCUUAAUCAUGAAGAUCAUGCAAAACCACCUUCACUGAAAAAGUAUAACUGGGAAGCACUUGGCAAUUCUUCGUCAACUAUGCACAAACUUUUACAAAAAUUUAAAAUUAAAAUUCUUUCUGGAGAUAAUUCAGCACAAUCGUAG